UAUAUAAAUAUUCCCAAGAUUUGAUUUUGCUUAUCAUUUAUGUGAUUUGUGUUUUGUUUAUGAAGAAACAGAGUGAGCCAACAACAUCUUUUUAAUUUACACAGAGCAAAACCAAAUCUGUGUUUCUUCUUGUCAGUGCUUUCUCUUAAGUGUUCUUGGGUUUUGGUUACAAAUCUAAAGUGAAGCUUUUUAUGUUUCUCUGUGUCACAAAUCUUGAUAAAGUUAGUAACUUUUUGGUGAAAUUCUUUUACUAAAUCUCUUUUAAAGUUUCUUUUGGGGGUUUUGAUUUAGAAUGUUUUCUGAGGGUUUUCUUUCUGAAAUCUUACACUUUCAUAGACAAUCAGAUUUGAUUUCGUUUUCAAUUAUCUAUAAGCUAGUAGUAAUCUUUACUUGAGUUGUUUGAUAAACGAGCUUUAAUGUUCCAGAAUCUAGUACUUGAAAUUGGAUGGCACUCUACUUUGAUUGAUACCAUCUUAAGUCAACUCUCCAUUGAAAGCGAAGCUGCUUCUUCUAUGAUUUCAUUCUUUGGAAAAAGUUGAGUUUGGACAUUACAAGGAGAGGAGUUUGUCUUGUGUCUAUUCAUCUUUAAGAGGCUUAUGCUUGUCUGGUCCAUGAAGAAGAAUAACUAAGCACACUAGCACAGUCUCUGAGGACUUGUAGAUUUGGUAGGAUCUGUUAGAUGUUAAGAUUGAAAGAAUAGAAAGAAAAAAAGAAGGAAUUUUUAGACAUGGAAGAUGAUGGUGGUGGCGAUGGGGGAGAAGGAAAUGGUGGGUUUUCACCUAAUUCUAGCUUUGGGGCAUUCCCUGACGCGGCCAUGGAUUUGGAUUUUAUGGAUGAGCUCUUGUUUGAUGGAUGUUGGCUACAGACAACAGAUAGUAAGAACUUGAACCAGGCUGAACAAUCUGGUUCAGCUUCUACCGCCAUGAAUGACAAUAGCACUUUCCUCUGCUUUGGUGAGAACCCAUCUCAAGAUAAUGAAGAAACAGAGAACAACGAAUCAAUGAAUCAAGAAUCUUUUAACCAGGCUGAAAAGUUUCUGCUCGAAGAAGCUGAGUUGGGAAAAGGUUGGUGGAUUGCUCCAAGAGCAAGUGAAGGCCCUUCUUCAUCUGUGAAGGAGAGACUAUUACAAGCUAUUAGCGGUCUUAAUGAGACGGUGCAAGAUAAGGACUUCCUGGUACAGAUAUGGGUGCCAGUUCAGCAGGAAGGGAAGAGCUUUCUGACCACUUGGGCUCAGCCACAUUUAUUCAACCAAGAAUACUCCAGCCUUGCUGAAUACAGACAUGUUUCAGAGACUUAUAAUUUCCCGGCUGAUGAGGGUAUGAACGAUUAUGUGGGUCUUCCCGGUCGUGUUUUCUUGCAGAAGUUGCCUGAGUGGACUCCUGAUGUGCGUUUCUUUAGAAGAGAUGAAUAUCCACGCAUUAAAGAAGCCCGCAAGUGUGAUGUUCGUGGGUCACUUGCCCUUCCUGUGUUCGAAAGAGGGAGUGGGAUUUGUUUGGGUGUUGUUGAGAUCGUCACAACAACUCAGAAGAUGAAUUACCGUCAAGAACUUGAAAAGAUGUGUAAAGCUCUUGAGGCUGUUGAUCUAAGGAGUUCAAGUAACUUGAACACUCCAAGCUCUGAGUUUCUGCAGGUCUAUAGUGAUUUCUACUGUGCUGCAUUACCUGAAAUAAAAGAUUUCUUGGCCACAGUCUGCAGAUCAUAUGAUUUGCCUCUAGCUUUGUCAUGGGCCCCGUGUGCACCGCAAGGGAAACGUGGUUCACGACAUUCUGAUGAGAACUUCUCUCAAUGUGUUUCAACAACCGAUUCUGCUUGCUCUGUCCCAGAUGAACAAAGCAAAAGUUUUUGGGAGGCAUGCUCUGAACACCAUCUGCUCCAGGGGGAAGGCAUUGUUGGGAAAGCAUUCAAGGCCACCAAGCUGUUUUUUGUGCCAGAAGUGACCACAUUUAGCAAGACUAACUACCCUCUUGCGCAUCACGCCAAGAUAUCUGGACUACAUGCUGCUUUAGCAGUCCCAUUAAAGAGCAAAUCUGGCUUAGUUGAGUUUGUGUUGGAAUUUUUCUUUCCAAAAGCCUGCCUCAACACUGAAGCGCAACAGGAGAUGCUCAGGUCACUAUCUGUGACGCUGCAGCAAGAUUUCAGGAGUUCAAAUCUUGUCAUUGACAAAGAUCUAGAGUUAGAAGUCGUAUUGCCUGUUAGAGAGACAAUGCUCUUCUCAGAAAACCCGGUAAGUGGAGCAGAAACCGCAGAGACUCUGACAGGAAUUCAAAUGCAAGAAUCCUCAUGGAUAUCCCACAUGAUAAAGGCAAACGAGAAGGGUAAAGAUGUAUCACUCUCCUGGGAGUACCAGAAAGAAGAUCCCAAAGAGCUCUCAUCUGGCCGGGAGAACCAUCAGCUUGAUCCGAGCCCCAAUAAUGUUCCUUUAGAAGCUGAGCAAUUUCAGCAGGCAUCAACAUCAGGACUCAGAGUCGACAGCGGUCCAAGUACUGAAACACCUUCGACUGGUGGGAAAAAUAUGUUAGGCAGUAGGAGACCUGGAGAAAGUAGGAGAUCUGGAGAAAAGAGAAGAACAAAAACAGAAAAGACCAUUGGCUUGGAGGUUCUUCGACAACACUUUGCUGGAAGCCUCAAGGAUGCAGCCAAGAGCAUUGGUGUUUGUCCAACUACCUUGAAAAGGAUAUGCAGGCAGCACGGAAUAAUGCGAUGGCCCUCCCGGAAAAUCAAGAAGGUAGGGCAUUCGUUGAAGAAACUCCAACUUGUUAUGGACUCUGUUCAAGGUGCGCAGGGCACUAUCCAACUUGAUUCAUUCUAUACAAGCUUCCCAGAGUUGAACUCCCCAAAUAUGUCCAGUAAUGGCCCUUCCUUGAAGAGUAAUGAACAGUCAAGUCAUUUGAAUGCUCAAACUGAAAACGGUAUUAUGGCUGAGGAAAACACAGCACCAAGGUCACCAUCAUCUCCUUGCACCAAGAGCUCUGGUUCAAGCAACAAUAAUGAGAACACUGCAAACAUUCUAGUUUCUGAGGAUGCUGAUGCGGCCUUAAAUAGAGCUCAUAGCGAAGUGGAACUGCAUCAAGUGAAUCAGGAGGAAACAGAUUGUCCUGGAAGAACUCAGAGCCAUAAAACAUUAAAGGAGCCUCGUGUUCUUGAAAAUUCACCUUCAUUACCGGGUAGUAGCAACAAGAGCUUAAGAGCUGGAGGUGCCAUCAAAGUGAAAGCGACAUUUGGUGAGGCUAGAAUACGGUUUACCUUGCUCCCGAGUUGCGGCUUCAGAGAGCUGCAGCAAGAGAUUGCUCGGCGUUUCAACGUAGAUGACGUUUCCUGGUUUGAUCUUAAGUACCUGGAUGAUGAUAAGGAGUGGGUUCUACUGACAUGUGAAGCGGAUCUCGACGAAUGUAUCGACAUAUAUAGAUUAACGCAGACCCAAACAAUUAAAAUAAGUCUGAACGAAGCUUCUCAAGUCAAGUUGGGUGGUUCUUUUGGUAGCGCUGGUCCUUCCUGAUGAACAAUCGAAGAAGGUUGAAACUGCAAAGCACCAGAAAGACUCUAUUGAUUUUUUAGCUUUUGUAGAAAUCUCACUUACCUUUUCAGCCUGGGAAUCUUGUGUAAACAUAUAUCCAGUGCCCUGAAUACCAUUUUGGAAGUGGCAAUAGUAACUGGUCUCUUCUAUCGCCCUAGCAGAUGUCUGUACAAAAGGCGAUACAUUCCUGAAACUUGUAUCUUAUGCCUGUACAAUCAUUUUUUAUCCAGUUACGUAAGCUUUGCAAGACUGCAACUACGGUGAUUGAAAUAUUCUGUCUUCACUUA